GGCCGGCGGGGUGCGCAGUGCGCGCCGCAGUGCGCGGAGCGGGGCGCAGGGGCCGCGCCGCAGGGAUGCUCGCCCCGCUCCUGGGCUCCGCGGGCUCCGGCUGGCUGCUGCUGGAGUUUGCAGUUUCGCUGGUGGAGAAGAUGCAGGCUCAGGAAAUCCUGCGGAGCCUGCGGCUCCCCGAGUUUGAUGACCUCAGCCAGUUCUUCCGCAACCUGCCGGCCACGGCGCUGGUGGGCAUCGGUGCCUUCGCGGCUGUUGUCGCCUACUGGUUUGCCAGCCGGCCCAGGGCCGUGAAGCCGCCCUGUGACCUGCGCAUGCAGUCGGAAGAAGUUGAGGGCCUGGCCGGGGCGCGCCGCUCGGUGAUCGGGGACAGCCCACAGUUGCUGACACACUACUACGAUGAUGCCAGGACCAUGUACGAGGUCUUCAGGAGGGGAUUCAGCAUCUCUGAGAAUGGCCCCUGCCUGGGGUUCAGGAAGCCCAAGCAGCCCUACCAGUGGCUGUCCUACAAGGAGGUGGCUGAAAGAGCAGAAGCUCUGGGUUCAGGCCUUUUGCAGCAGGGCUGCAAGCCAUCCACAAAGCAGUUCAUUGGCGUCUUUGCUCAAAACCGGCCAGAGUGGAUCAUCUCUGAGCUGGCUUGCUACACCUAUUCCAUGGUGGUGGUUCCCCUGUAUGACACUUUAGGUCCUGGAGCCAUUCGGUACAUUGUCAACACAGCUGACAUUUCCACAGUCAUUUGUGACAAGCCUGAAAAAGCCAGGAUACUCCUUGACCAUGUGGAGAGGAGAGAAACACCAGGCCUGAGGUCUAUCAUCCUGAUGGACCCAUUUGAGAAGGAGCUGGCAGAGAGAGGGAAGCGCUGUGGGGUUCGCAUCCAGACCAUGCAGGAGGUGGAGGACUGUGGCCGUGAGAAUCGACAUGUGCCUGUGCCUCCUCGACCAGAAGAUCUGUCAAUUGUCUGUUUUACUAGUGGCACUACAGGAAAUCCCAAAGGUGCUAUGCUGACCCAUGGAAACGUGGUGGCGGAUUUUUCAGGCUUUUUGAAAGUGACGGAGAAAGUGAUCUUUCCGAGACAGGACGAUGUGCUCAUCUCCUUCCUGCCUCUGGCUCACAUGUUUGAAAGAGUUAUACAGUCUGUAGUAUACUGCCACGGAGGGCGAAUUGGCUUCUUCCAAGGAGAUAUUCGCCUCCUGUCCGAUGAUAUGAAGGCACUGCGGCCAACCAUCUUCCCCGUGGUGCCACGGCUGCUGAACAGAAUGUAUGACAAGAUCUUCAGCCAGGCUGACACAUCCCUCAAGCGCUGGAUCCUGGAAUUUGCGGCGAGACGGAAAAAGGCUGAAGUUCGAAACGGCAUCAUUAGAAACGACAGUUUGUGGGAUAAGCUUUUCUUUAAUAAAAUACAGGCAAGUCUUGGGGGCUGUGUCCGCAUGAUAGUGACCGGCGCUGCCCCUGCGUCCCCCACUGUCCUGGGCUUCCUCCGCGCGGCCCUCGGAUGCCAGGUUUAUGAAGGUUAUGGCCAAACAGAAUGCACAGCUGGAUGCACCUUUACAACUCCAGGUGACUGGACAUCAGGUCAUGUAGGAGCCCCUUUGCCCUGUAACUUAAUCAGAUUGAAGGAUGUGGAAGAACUGAAUUAUUUUGCUUCCAAAGGAGAAGGAGAGAUCUGUGUGAAAGGACCCAAUGUGUUUAAAGGUUACUUGAAAGAUGAAGAGAGGACAGCUGAGGCACUGGACCAGGAGGGCUGGCUUCACACAGGAGACAUUGGAAAAUGGUUACCUAAUGGGACCCUUAAAAUUAUUGAUCGGAAAAAGCAUAUAUUUAAACUUGCUCAGGGAGAAUAUAUUGCACCGGAGAAGAUAGAGAAUAUCUACAUCCGCAGUGACCCUGUUGCUCAGAUCUAUGUCCAUGGAGACAGCCUGCAGGCCUUCCUGGUGGGAAUUGUGGUGCCCGAUUCCGAAGUCAUGCCAGGUUGGGCAAAGAAAAGAGGGUUUGAAGGAACCUAUGCAGAACUCUGUAAAAAUAAGGAACUGCAGCAAGCGAUAAUGGAAGACAUGGUACGGUUAGGGAAGGAGAGUGGGCUUCACUCCUUUGAGCAGGUCAAAGCCAUUUAUAUUCACUCUGAUAUGUUCUCGGUGCAAAACGGUUUGUUGACACCAACAUUAAAGGCUAAGAGACCAGAACUGAGAGAUUACUUCAAAAAACAAAUAGAAGAGCUAUAUUCAAGCAUCUCCAUCUGAAAUCAUGGGAAGAAUCUUCUGAGUAAUGGACUUCAUAGCAAUAUUAGAAUAAUACUCAAAAACUACAGAGCCAGAACGACACUGCUGAAAUGGAUAAGCAUCUGAAUCUUACAUUUGAGCCUUUCAUUUUUCUAGCAUUUCAUCACUAACCAUAUUUUCCCUUCUUUUUGCCAUCAGGUGUGAUACAAUUUCUUUUUUACUCUAGGUACACAGUAAGGCACUACUAAAAGCUAUACUAAAUUGCCACAAAAUAUGCAGAAAUUUCAAUCUAUGACCGCGUAAAUUAUGGAAGCAUAUCUUAUAAAUAACUACAAACAUUUCUAGUUAAAAUAGGGAAAAUUUCAGGUAUGUCUGUUGAUAUUUGAUUGUAUACAACCUAAUAUAUUAGAAACUAAAUUAAUAAGUAAUUCAAUAAUGUGGUCUACCUCAAAUAAUCAGUGACUGAUGGUGAAAGUAAAAGUCUAUUUUCUCUGAUGUGGAACUUCAAGCUGGAUAUUGGUUUAUAUAGUAAGUGAUAGUUUUUUAUAUUUUUCAGGACAUAAAUGACAUUGAUUUGAUUUAAUCAUUGAUUACUUAACAAUCAGAACAGAAAUAGGAAGGAAUUUCCCACUAUCUGUACUUAAUAGACCUAUUAGUACAUUACAUCUAAUGGAUUAAUGUUACCUGGAAAUGACAAGAACAGGGUAGGAAGCAAUAGCACAGAAUUCCCUCUAUUUCCUUUUCAUCCAAGCACAGUUUAUCUAUGGUAUGCAGAUUCUGCAUUAGGGCUCCUUCAGUCCAGUGCACUCACGGACAUCUGAACUGCUCAAACGGAGAAGGUUGCAAAAGCAUCACUGGCUCUGUGGUGAUUUUAGGUGGGAGUUCACGAUAAUCCAUAUGCUCCCAAUCCCUAAUUUAUUACUUCACAUGCUGCUAAUACUGUGUAGUCCAGCUGGACUAACUCCCUUUCAGAAACAGUGCUAAAGAAAUGGAGCACAAGGAAUAAGCUGUGAUUCUGGAUGGGGCUUAGUAAAAUGGAAAGGUUUGGGAAAAUGCCAGCCUGAGAUGCAGCAGUGGAGGGCAUCCUUUGUCUGGCUAUGGAAGGGGAAGGAAUACUGCCCCAAAAGACUCCUGGGGAUGGGCUAAAGGCUGUGUUAGCCAUCGCUGUGCAAGUGUCACCGUAUGGCAGAACAGUGGACGUGGUGGCAGAAAGGCCUGUCAUGGGAACAUCUUUACGGUCAGACAUCUGGAAGCAUCAAAUCCCAUUGGCAUCACCUCCAAUGGCCUCUCUGGAACAACCAGCAAGUUGUCUGGAUAAAACCUUACAUUUCGGUGGUCAUCAGAAAGCGGAUAAGUCUCACAGGGAGUAGGAACAGACUCUAGAGCUCCCUCUUGGUACAAAGCACAGUACAAGGCAAAGAGAAAACUGUCACGUCAAGUUGCUUGAAUACUUGGAUGUCGAUAGCUUCUUCUGCUAAACAGGGUCCUAAAUUAUCUGUGUAUUUUACUAGCUGAUGUUUGUUGCACCAGUACAUGCUAGCAUGGAGCUGUGCCUGCUAGAUCUUUGCUAGGACAGUGGAAGCAUACUGAUUUUCUCUCUUAAAGUGGAAUCCGCUGUAGACUUCUGAAGCUAAAAGUUUAAAUUUUUAAUCUAAACAAUAUCUUAUUUUCGCUCUGAAGUUCUGUUGCAUGCUUCCAAGUGAAAUAAAUUGAAUUAAUAAGUUAAGUGUUUUACAAAGACUGAUUUAUUGCAGUGAUUUAAGAAUAAAAUGAUACAUAGGAAACCAUAUCAGUAACGUAAUGACUCAAAGAAUGUGACAGUUUGAUUUAUCAAAUGUGUGUUUGUCUGAAUCCCUUUAUGCAUCUGAUUCCUCAUUUGAUUUCAGUGCAGUGACUCAUAUCAGUCCAAAGCAAGUAAAGAAAUAUCUGAGAUCUGAUGGGAUCACCAUUUUUCACCAAUGUACGCAGCAAUAGCAUUCCUGGGGAAUUUGUGUGUGCCACGUCAAUAGACGAUAGGGAUUAUUGCAUAAAAUCUGGCUCUUUAGGUCAAGUCAUAAAGGAUUUUUAUCUCAGUGGAGUUUAGUUCAUAUCCUUUUUGUAUCAGCCAAAAGACAGUCAUUACAUACACAACCUUCCAAGCAAUGGAGAAUUAAAUUCAGUACAAUUUCCUGUCUGUUUUAAUGCAAUAGUUUUAAAAUAAAAAAACCCAAACCCUAGUCACCUAAGAAGUAAAGAAAAGCUAUUUUUCACUGAGUUUUUUUUGCCAUUUGAAUUUGAUUUACUUUUCUCUUAAGGUGAUUUCAGGUUUUUUGAGACAAGUAAACUCUGUAUAAGUCCAGAAGAUCCCAAUAUGAGUUUAUUUACAGCUUAGAUGGCUGUUAUUUUUACGUAUAUGACCCUGAAUAAUAUAUCUAUAUUUUUUUUGAUAUUUGAUGCAAAAUAUCAGAUGCACUAGAGCAAAAUAUAUGAACAACAAAAUAAUAAGAAAGAAAAGCAGAUGUGGCCACACUGGAUGAUGCAAAAUCUGAGAUGGGUUUUGACACACCAAAAGUGUGAAUGCUUUCAGAACUUGUGAAAAAUUAUAUAAAUAAACUAAAAGCUCUCUUUUAUACUUGUAUAAUCAGAUUUUCCUCUUCAGGUCACUCUCUCACAACAAUCAUAACGAUAUAAGAGAUUAACACUUGAAAAACAGACGUGCAUAAGGCAUGAGCUAGGCUCAAUCCUGCUUCUCUUCAAAUUCCAGGCAUAUUUAUUUUGUACUGAGCUUUCUUAAACUGAAACAUUUGUGACCACCAAGGAAAAAUCCCCAGGGCUGUCCAAGAAUCAGUUGGUUUUUUUUUUUGGUUUUUUUUUUUGUUUUUUUUUUGUUUUUUUUUGGUUGGUUGGUUGGUUUUU